GGCACUCAUAUUGCUGCUUGAAACAAAUUGCUUUGACAUUUUAGCGAGGAGUGAUUUUAAGCGAAAGAAACUUGUUUCAUCAUGGAUAAGAAAGAUACAGAGUGAUAUUUCAAAGGCUAUUUACUGAAAACCUGUUUCAUAUUUUCCUGAAAUGUCGAUAAAUACAAGGUACUUGAAAAUCCAUUCAGACAUCAAUUUCUUCUCAUCUCUAUCAAGAAUUCUAAGUUUUACUUUAAGCGACAAUUUCUUUCUUGUUUAAUCUUCAUUUUUAUGUGUUGUGAUCCGUUUGAUGAUUUAAGAUAUUCUAUAAAAUAACGAGUAAGUUUUGAAACAUACUGACUGCCAUUUAUGCUCUCUUUCUCGCUCUCUUCUCAAUUACAAGCUCAAUUACAAAAAUGGCGCAUUAAUCAUGCGGCGGCUAGUGUUAUUUUCGCUCUCUCACACAGCACAUGUGUGGUCGUAUGUUAGUGGUGAAAUACGUAUAUUGUAUCGCAUAAAAUCGUUUGUUAUCGGUAAUUAGGCUAGUACCAGACAAUUUCUAGCAUUUACCACGCAUUUACAUAUUAUAAGUUGUGUUUUUUACGAAGCAUCGGAAGCAUUUAGUAGCGAUGUCCGACGACGACUGGGAGUCAGAAAACUUCAAGCCUCCAACUGCUCUGGGUACAACCACAGGAGACAAGUGGGAAGGCGAGGACGAAGAAGAGGAUGCCCCUGAUGACUGGGAGGCUGAAGAUGACGAGGAUAAGCCAGCAGUUCCCGUUGUCGAGGCGCCCGUCAAAAAGAAGAAGUCACUCGCCGAACGGAUAGCAGAGAAAGAGGCCAAACGGCGCGAGGAGCUGGAGCGGCGGCGUCAGGAGGAGGAGGAGGCUCAGAGGAACCUCUCGCCCGAGGAGCAGCUGGCGGCCAAGGCGCGCGCGCUCAAAAUGCAGGAGGACGCCGACCUCGAGGUGGCCAUGGAGACCUUCGGUGUGAGUAAGGACGACAUGCCUUCCUCGUCGCCGCUGGACGCGCGGCCCACCAACAAAGAGGAGUUCGACUCGUACCGGUCCGCGCUGGUCGAGAAGCUGCGCUCGCUCGAGUCGUCGCCCUGCUACGCCGGCUUCCUGGAGGACCUGGUCCGGGACCUCUGCUGGAACAUGGACUCUGAUGAGGUGAAGAAGGUUAGUACCGCCCUCAACGCCCUCUACAACGACAAGGUCAAAAGCAAACAGGGCAAGAGUAAAAAGAGCAAGAAGGGAGCGUCACUCAAGGUGGAGAAAUCGGCGUACGAUGACUUCGAAGAUUUCAUAUAGGUCUUAUAGUUGAGCGGACGCUGGCCGAGUUGUGUUUGGCCGGACUAAUUUAAAUAUGCUACAUAGUGUGGUAAAUUGAUCACUGAACUGAGGCGGCUGUGUGGUGAUGGGCCCUUGGCUGCCGGCCGCGGGCCCGGCCUGCCUGCCCCUGCCUGCCUGUCUGCCGCUGCUCCGUGGACCGUGAGCGGUCGGACGAUCCGCAUAUCGCUGAGAUCAAGCUUCAGUCUCGCCUUCCGCUUAGUGCAGCCGCCGGCCGCCCCCGGCGGUCGGCCCGACCAGCCGCGGCGGGCGGCUGACGCGCCUCGAAAACCGACCCCGCUGGAUUCAUGUAACGACGUCAACGCUCGAUUUGUACCGAAGAUGCCGCUUAUCAGAUGGUUACGGGAGAUUUUUAAUGUUUUCUUUUCCAAUAAACUGGAAAUGGGCACGUGA